AUGUCUUCCCAUUACGCCAGCGAACCCAAUCCCACCGCGUCGGCCACACUGAACACGACCGUCGGCCCCAUCCAAAUUGCGCUGUUCGCAAACCAGACUCCUCUGGCAUGCAAAAACUUCCUUCAGCACUGCAAGGAUGACUACUAUGCCGGGACGAUCUUCCAUCGAGUGGCCCCGGAUUUCGUGAUACAGGGCGGUGAUCCGACGGGCACAGGGUCAGGCGGCACCUCCAUCUACGAGUAUCCCGAGUUUGAAUAUGAUCCUGAGGCUCGAGACCCAAACGAGCGGGUGGUCCUGCGCGAUGAGCUACACAGUCGGUUGCGGUUCACUCGCCGCGGGCUGGUGGGAAUGGCCAAGAGCGAGGACGGGGCCUAUGGCAGCCAAUUCUUCAUUACGCUGACCAACACGGAGCGUGAGCUGAAUGGGCAAUGUACUCUUUUUGGGCGAUUGGAGGGCGACAGCAUCUUCAAUGUGCUGAAGAUCGCGGAUGCGGAGCGCGUCGAAGGCACCGAGCGCCCCGUCUUUCCGAUCAAGGUGACCUCCUGCGAGGUGGGAGAACUGGGACCCUUGGAGGGUAAGUUGAAAGACCGAAAGACUGUCUCAUCUGCGACAGCGGGCAAAGUGGACGAGAAGCAUGCCCCGAAGAAAAAGAAGAAGGCAGCCAAAGCCGGGAAAGCGCUGUUGAGCUUUGGCGGCGACGAGGGCGAUGAAGAAAUGCCUAUGCGGCCGGCGAAGCCGAAGUUCAACAUCAAACUGGUCGCGGAUGUGCCAGGUACAACCAAUGAUACAGAAAAAGCGCCCAAAUCCCCAUCAGCAAAGCCUACGCAGCCACGCAAGCGGCCUCGCUCGCCAUCGCCGAAACGAUCCCCAUCAGAAGACCGCAGACAACGUCCCAAAACGCCAGACCCUCAGACUCAACUACCUCUACGCGAUCCCGAAUCCCCAGUCCGGUCUCCGAGCCCGGUUCCUCAUCCUGCAAAAGAAUCCAAGCUCUCGCGCACAAAUGCCGAGAUUGAAUCACUCAAGGCCUCCAUGCGCCGCCACGUUGACACGGGCCCAUCAGAUACCGGACGCAAGAAAACCGCUCUCGAAACCAUGAUCCCCUCGACCGCCAUUCGCGGUCGGAAACGACCACCACCAGGGUCCGCCAAUGGCGCUGCACGAGGCAAUAGCAGUGCGGAGAACGAAGCAUUAAACCUCUUCAACGCCUUCAAAGCCAAGCUAGAAGGCGCCGACUUGCAACCCGCCACCAUGGCCUCCCAUGGUAGUGGGUCACGGCCGGACCCAAGCCAAAAACCAACACAGGAUGCAGACGACGAGGAAGCACAACUCUGUGACCUGCAUUUCAUCGCCAAUUGCAAAUCCUGCCAGUCGUGGGAUCAGCCAGAGUCUACAGCGGAUGAAGCGAGUCGCGAAGACCAGGGCUGGCUCACGCACGAACUUCGGUUUGGCAAAGAUACUUUGGGCAAGGACCUGAACUGGAAGCGUGAACAUCCAGACGACGCGGACUCACUGAUGGUGAUUGACCCUCGCGAACGCGAGAAGGAAGUGGUUGGCGGGCGCCGGCGUGGAUUGCAGCGAGACCACGAACGAGAGCGCAAGCGGGAACGAGCGGGCGAUUUGGAGUGGGAUCGUACGAGGGAGCGGUAG